GUUGUCAGCCAGGCCAGGUUGUCGGGCUCUCCUGUAGGGCCCCAGGUGUGCUGGAUCAGCAGCCAUUCCUCCCUAUAUAAAGGUGAUGAUGGAGUCUGGGGCCCCUCAGUGCAGAUUGGCCCUUGUGCUGGAGCUUCACAUCCCAGGAUGGCGCUAUCAGAUGCUGAGAAGGCGGCUUUGGAGCCCUUGUUUGUGAAGAUUGACGCUGACGCUGAGAAGAUUGGAGGUGAAGCCAUGGAGAGUCUCUUCCAGCACCAUUCAGACACCAAGUCCCACUUCACUCACAUGGAUGUGACCCCCGGCAGUCAGGAUCUGAAGACACAUGGAGGGAAGAUCAUCCACGCCAUUAAUGAUGCCCUCAACCACUAUGGAAAUCUGCAGGAGAACUUGGCCACACUGCGGGAGAUGCACACCAACAAGCUGAAGCUCAGUGUGGACACCAUCAAGCUGCUGUGCGGUUGUCUCCUGGAGGUCAUCGGCAAGCAUUUCCCGGAUGUGGACAAGUCGGCCUGUGAAAAGUUCCUUAAUGAGGUUGCCGUUGCCCUGAUCUCCAGCUGA